GCACAAGCUACCGUCUUAAAAAGGAAUCCAAAUAGUUGUGACCAAGUGGAUGUUGAACGGCAAAGAUGAUGAAACUCAUUGCAGGUCUUUUCCAAGAUAGGUCGCAGGAAAAUAAGUGAAACUAAAACUAAAACUUGGACUAAACAAAAACACAACUAAACAGCACAAAAUCUGGAGCAGAACUGAUUUAUUUUUCAAAUUACGAAUACUGUUGCGUGAUCACUUACAUCAUCAUUCCAAAUAUGGCUAGUACAAACGUAACGCAACAAACUCGAAUAAAUCUUCGAGAGAGGAAGAAACUGCAGAAAACGCUGACGAAUGGUUGAGGAUGCACAGGGAACGACUCUUCAAAGGUUAUGAGAAUGCAGCCAAGCAGCUCCAGAAAUGUAGCGAAGAACGCACUAAACACCUUGCAAAAAAGAUCUGUGAUCCUAAAGUCAACGUUGGAGAUCACGCUUACAUGAGGAAUAGAAUUCCAGGAAGAAAUAAGAUCCAAGAUGCGUGGAAUCCUACUUUGUACGUGGUUGUUAAAGUACCGGAGGAUGGGAGCCCUAUUUAUACUUUAAGAUCAGUUGCUGAUGGCACAUCUCGUCGAGCUCAUCGUAGCUCGUUCAGAUUGUGUCGCCCUAUGUUUGAGCAGCAGUCUACUCUCAGAGAACCAUCAGGACCAGGAAAGAGACCAGCUGACUCGUCAGUAAUGUCAGAUGAUGACGACGAAGAGGAGGAGGACGUGUUUUACUGUGUGCCUAGACAACCAACCAAACCAAAGACAACAAGCGAGGGUUAUUUAGAUGAUCCAAGAGUAAGAGCGUCURAACAAGAUUGGUCAGCAGURCAACCUCUUAGAAGGUCCAAGCGACUGGAGGAAAAGCAAAGAAGUAGACAGCCAACGAUGAACUUGGUCGAAGUUUCGACUAUUACUUAUGUUUAAUUUAUGUUAUUUAUAGUUUAGAAUUGUCGAGGACGACAAUUUCUUAAAAGUGGGGGUGAGUGUGGCAAGUUGAAUAUUUUCAGUUGUUUUCAUAACGUUUUUAGCGCGCGCACUCAUCAUUAGAAAUUUAGAGCGCGCAUGAAAAUACAAAAAGUAUGAUGUGGUUUUUUUGUCGUUAAUUUAAAACAAAAGUAUGACGAAGUUUUCGUCGUUAGUUAUUUACUUUGUCAGUUCAGUUGUGUUCAACGUUCAUUCAAAGAGAGUCAAGAAAAGUUGUGUUAAUUAAGUUAGUUAAAAGACUAGAAAUAAUCGAAACUGGUAAGUAAAACAUUGUUAUUAUAUAUUACUUAAGCAUAGAAGUCUGUUUCCUUUACGCAAAACUAGAGAAUGUAAGAAAAACAAUUGAUCUCAGGUUGCCUUAAGCAACCRUUUUCAAGAUUGUUUAGUUGUUGUUUCAAAUAUAAAAUUACUUCAAUAGUAAUGUCUUAUAAGUUAUAUCGUAAGUUGCCAGAUAGCCGAAGUCGCUAUGUUUGUAAAUAGGUAAUUUAGGAUGGCCAAACACCAGUCUAAGCUAAUCCUAGUUGCAGUGUAUUUAGUGUAAGAUUACAGAAAUACUUAUAGUCAUUUGAAAAACAACAUCGUAGAUGUGUAAUUAAUCAAUUUUUCUAUUGAUUACUUAUCGUAGUUCUCGCCGUUUCGUUGUGGUAAUAAACUGAGUUAUAGUAAAGACGAAACUCGUACGUGUUGUUUACUUGGUCACAUAGUAAUAUAAUCAAUUGUUUUGCAAGGAUGAGUAAUGUGAAUUCAAGGGUAUUUUUAUAAUCAAAGGCCCUUAGGCGAACUCGUG